UGUUUGUCCAUCAGUUAGCCUGUGAGUUAAGAGAGAAAGGAAGAAGAAAAGAGAGCUCUGAAAAGAGGAAGAAAUUUAAUUAUUACUUUACCGAUAAGUCUUUUCGGGGAUGAACCUCGCAGUGGGCUUCAAGCCGAUGCUCGGAGAUGCACAGACAAUGGACAGUUUGGAGAAACAACUUAUUUGUCCUAUCUGUCUGGAAAUGUUCACAAAGCCAGUAGUAAUUUUACCAUGCCAGCAUAAUUUAUGCAGAAAAUGUGCCAAUGAUAUUUUCCAGGCAUCCAACCCCUUCUGGCAGUCGAGGGGUUCCACAACAGUACCUUCAGGAGGCCGCUUUCGCUGCCCUUCCUGCCGGCAUGAGGUCGUGUUGGAUCGCCAUGGGGUUUACGGCCUGCAGAGAAACCUCCUGGUGGAAAAUAUCAUUGACAUCUACAAACAAGAAUCAUCCAGGCCUCUGCACACCAAGCCAGACCAGCAGUUAAUGUGUGAAGAGCAUGAAGAUGAAAAGAUUAAUAUCUACUGCCUAACCUGCGAGGUUCCAACCUGCUCAAUGUGCAAAGUCUUUGGUGCUCAUAAAGAUUGUGAAGUGGCACCUCUGCAAAAUGUCUACAAACGUCAAAAGACUGAGCUCAGUGAUGGAAUUGCAAUGCUUGUGGCCGGAAAUGACAGAAUCCAGGCAAUUAUUACCCAGCUGGAAGAAAUCUGUAAAACCAUUGAGGAUAACAGCAGAAGACAAAAACAACUCCUUUGUGAAAAAUUUGAUGCUCUGUAUGCUAUUCUAGAAGAGAGGAAAAAGGAAAUGCUUCAAUCUAUAACCCGCGAACAGGAGGAGAAAGUACAGUAUGUCAGAUCGUUGAUGAGGCAGUAUGGAGAUCACCUGGAAGGAGCCAGCAAGCUGGUAGAAACGGCCUUGCAAUCUAUGGAGGAACCACAGAUGGCAGUGUUCCUGCAGAAUACAAAACAACUGAUCAAAAAGAUUAUCGAUACAUCAAAAGCUGCCCAGAUGGAGAGAACAGAACCUGGAUAUGAAAACAUGGAUCAUUUUGUGGUCAACUUUGGAAGGGCGGAACAGAUAUUGCAAAGGAUAAAUUUCCAAACAGAGUACCAAGGAGAAGAAGAAGAAGAGGUAGAAGAAGAAGAAAUAGAAGAAGGUGCUGCGAUUGAAGAGGAAGGGGAAAUUGUAGAUGGUCAACACUGAAGUCACGUGAAGAGAAUGAGGACUGAACCCAUGAAGUAGUCUGCUGAUUUGCAUUGGGACUAAGGUUCACACACAUUGUAGUACUGAAUGACUGUUGAUGAUUAGACAAGCUUGCAAAAUGAUUUCUUUAGCUCACCAAUCACAGCGAUGUGAAUAAUUAAUACAGCACUGUGAUUUCUCAAUUAGACCAAAUAAUUAAAACACUAAAAAUGUUAAACACUCCAAUAAACAUUAGGGUAAUAUUAACUUUGCAAUAUUGAAUCUCCCUUUUUAAAAAAAGCAACACUUGGAUACUUCUGCAUUUUGUUCGUUUAGAAUUUUCAAGCAAUUGUAUUUCUAGAUGAAGUAAAUUUAGAAAGGAGGUCCAUAUAAUCUGCUAUUUUACCAAUUUCCACAGAUUUUUAGUUUAACAAUCUUGUGUGUAAAUCUGAAAUGAAAAUAUAAGCCAUGUGCUGGAAGUAAUCAAUGCAUCAGUUAAGGUCUGAAAGACAUACAGUAAUUCUUCAAUGUAAGCAUCUUUGCUAUAAUGCCCUUGGCUUUUGGGGGCACAAGUCUUUGAUUGCUGUAUUGAACUAUCCAUUAAAUAUAUCGUCCAGUUUUUAAUUUACAAAAUUCUGUUCAAUGAAUUGUUUUCCAAGAAUGCAUAUCUAAGUAACUGUAUUAUCUAUGGGUUAUAUUCAAUAUUCUUGUAUUUGUAACCCAUUCAUUUUUUCAGCCAUGCAUCUUGGUAGUCACCGGAAAUGUGUUUGCAUCAUAAUUUAUUUGUUUCACCCAAACUGUCUCAUCCUUGUGGGUUCUCUUUGUCAUAAGAGACUUUGGAGGAACUGAAGUCUUGGUCUACAAAAAUCAAAUGUCAAACUAUUUACUAAAGAAAGGGACUGAGUGGUAGGAGUUAAUGAAGAGAGAAUUGAGACCAGGCCUCGUGAAAAGGAAAUGUGUAAGAGACCUUAAUAUCCUGAGACAUUAUUUUGAAACGAAACUAAUGAAUCUUGUCAGCUAGUUGGUUAAAAGGCAAGUAGGGAAGUAUUCACAGAGACGUGACUGGGUUUGUAAAUUUCUGAUGGAUGUAUAUACAGGUAAUGGCAAGGAACAGAAUGAAAUUGGAUUAGGUAAUAUAUGAGAGCAUCUGUACAAAGCGCAAUUGGCAUUUUCAUUUCCUGCAGAUUGCUCAGCAGGCUUAUUGCGUUAAUCAUCCAGCUUAGCCACUUAGUUUACAUCUCUUUUUGAAGUUAGCCAAUUCUCUUUAAUAGAUACUUUGCAAAAUUAUGCUAAGAACAUAAGAAUAAAUCAUUCGGACUGUUACCCAGUAAGAUCAUGUUUGUAUUGGAUAUGGAAUGUGGAUGCUUUAUUUCAAAAAUUCUAUCUCUAUAUUAAUUUCUAAGACAUCCAAAGUGUUCUUCAUUUGAUGAAGACUAACAAGCGAUGACAAUUGACUGACAAUAUCUCUUUGAAUCCAUGAUGCAACUGAUUGA